GAAAAAAAUCGAAAAUUUACCGAAACUGUCGAGUUACAAAUUGGAUUAAAAAAUUAUGAUCCGCAAAGAGAUAAACGAUUUAGUGGAACUAUAAAUUUUAUCUUGAAUUCUAGACUCCCUAAUGUCCCACGCCCCAAAAUGUCCGUAGCCAUUCUUGGUGAUGCUCAUGAUUGUGAUCGUGCCAAAGAAAUUCAAUUGGAAUAUUUAAGUGUUGAUGACCUUAAGAAACUUAACAAAAACAAGAAGUUGGUUAAAAAGCUCGCUAAAAGAUAUGAUGCAUUUUUGGCAAGUGAAGCUCUGAUUAAACAAAUUCCAAGAUUAUUAGGCCCUGGACUGCAUAAAGUUAAUCAUAAUGAUGAUUUGAAUGCCAAAGCUGAGGAAUUACGUUCAACAAUCAAAUUCCAACUUAAAAAAGUACUCUGCCUUGGUGUAGCAGUUGGUCAUGUUAAUAUGAGCGAAGAUGAAUUGCUUGCUAACAUUAUGAUGAGCAUUAACUUUUUG